AUGGACGAAUUAUCGCGCAAACGAACCGUUGUGCGCCAUGAUUCUGUCACUGCCCGCGCUAUUUCACGUCUAAGUCACGGCGUGUCGCAGCUCACCGCCUGUUCCACCAAUGCGAUCACUCCUCGCUGCAUGUUCCGGAGUCGUCGAAGCAAAUUGUCCACCAACGAAACAUCCAAAAAACGUGUCCCUUUCGAUCAUCGAUCGCCCACUGUAGAACAGCCCAGCCCUACCUUGGAUUGUGUACAGGAGAAUCGCAGUGCCUCGAAGCGCAAAUGGCAGUCAGACAAGCCUCCAUCGCACAACAACAUGGAUGUUGACGAGGUUCCACCAUCUCUUCACUCCGCUAAAGCUUCUCCGAAUAGUUGUCCUGUUGCGUGCUUUGACGUUAUGGCCAGUGAGCACUGUUUCCUCCCUGCUUCUUGUCAGUAUUCUGAUCGCUGUAGGUUCAUUUGUUCAGACAACUUCGACUUACGUGCUGCCUCUCCAUCCUGUUCUUCUAUGCUCUCCCUUACUGCAUCUUCUGUCGACGAAACGGAUAGCGAUUCAUCGCAACAGCAAGAAGCUGAUGCCGAGGAUGAAGAUGACAAGCAACAGAGUGUAAGUUUAAAAAAGAAAAGCAGUCACUCAUACACAGACUUGCUCGGAAUACCGUUCUCUUCAGCCACUAUCAGAGGCAUGCAGUCUGACAAGCGAUCCGGAAAACUAUUGCUGCCUCCAAAACACCACAAUCAAGGCGGCGACUCAUCCGAUGGUCUUCCAUUUGGUGUAAAGAUUCCAAGGUUGACCGUUGAUUCUACCUCCUCAAUCUCCACAUCCAGUAAUCAGCGUCAAGGUAAUCUUAAAAAUGAAAAUUUUCACGGCAGUUCAAGAAAUCAAGCAGUACUGCUUUACGCAACAAAUAUGAUGAAUCAGCACACGUAUCCCAGUGAGAAAGCCAUCUCCAACAGUUCGCGGAAAUCUGGUCGUCUUCGUUGCGUGCACUCGGAGUUCCAUUCUAUGUCCAGGCACGGUAGCGUCUGCAAAUGUGAAUCCUCCACUUCAUCAUCAUCAUCCUCCGAUGAAUACUCUCUCAGCCCUGAAUUUGGUCGAACAUCUCCUGCAAGCUGUGAAG